UACGAAGAAGACACUCGAAGAAGAAAAAAAAGUGUGACUCAAAAAACAUAAAUUAUUUAUUUUCUCCAAUAAUUAUUUAUUUAUUAUUAUUAGUUUGAGAAAAUGCCUAUCAGCAGGAUCUCCGUGGGAACCCCGGAGGAAGUCCGGCACCCAAACACCUUAAAGGCGGGAUUGGCGGAAUUCAUCUCCACCCUUAUCUUUGUGUUUGCCGGACAAGGUUCAGGGAUGGCUUUUGCCAAGCUUACCGCUGGAGCCGCUGCAACUCCAGCAGGCUUGGUGGCUGCCUCUAUCGCCCAUGGUUUUGCCCUUUUUGUUGCCGUGUCUGUCGGAGCUAACAUCUCCGGUGGACAUGUUAACCCUGCAGUCACUUUCGGUGCCUUCCUUGGUGGCAACAUUUCUCUUCUUAACAGCCUUGUUUACUGGGUUGCUCAACUUGCUGGCUCCUCUGUUGCGUGCUUGUUGCUUAAGUUUGCCACUGGUGGCUUGGAAACAUCUGCCUUCGCACUUGCCGAAGACGUGACCGUAUGGAAUGCCCUAGUCUUUGAGAUAGUCAUGACCUUCGGACUAGUGUACACCGUUUACGCCACCGCAGUCGACCCUAAGAAGGGUGACAUUGGUACCAUUGCUCCCUUAGCAAUUGGUCUCAUUGUUGCUGCCAACAUCCUUGUCGGUGGUGCCUUCACUGGUGCAUCAAUGAACCCCGCCGUGUCCUUCGGCCCAGCCUUGAUUAGCUGGAACUGGAGCUCCCACUGGGUUUACUGGGCUGGACCACUUAUUGGUGGUGGACUAGCUGGUCUCUUCUACGAGUUUAUCUUCAUUGGUGGUCAAGAGGCUCCCGCUGCUGAUUACCAGAGACUCUCCGCUUAAAAAAUUUAACUUCAUUUCAUGUGAAUUCAAAUUUAAGCUUGGACGAACUUUGUUUUUAAUCAUCACUUGUAUCAUCUUAAGAGUUUGAAUUUGUGGGGCUUUAUUUUAUUUUAUCUGAAAAUUCUUCAAAUUAUGGUGUUAAUUAUUUUAUGUGGGCCUUUUAUUUAUCGUCACUAUCAUAUGAUCAUGUUAUCAGAUCCGUUUUUUCAUUUAAGUGGAUUUAAUGGAUGCUGAGGUUUUUGGAGCCUA